GGGUUUUAAGCCUUCUCACUCGCAUUUCUCCAAGCUUUCAGUCUCUUGCUCUCGCAAACUCUUCCCAUCUCUAUUACUACUAAUAUUAGCUAGCAAAAUUUAGGAAUUACCCUUUCAAUAAUCAGCAUGUGGGCACUUCGACGGACCUCGAUUCAUCUCAAGAAUCGAGGAUUAAGUUCCGGAACCAUUGGAAUCAGCUGUAUGAAGUCAGAGAUUGCAAGAAGCUGUUUGGAAAAUCACAAUGCUGGAGUUGUUGAACCUCAAGGAAAAUUGUUGGAUGAAUCUUUAUAUUUGACAAGAUUUUACAACACAUCAUCUAGUUAUUCAAAGUCAUACGCAGGAGCUCGAACCUUUUCUUCACAGGCGGAUGCUAAGAGCAGCAGAGAGGGAGAUGAUGACUUGGAGGAUGCUUUCUCUGAGCUCGAAACUCCACUUGAUGCGGUUCAAGGAGCUGCUUCUGGCGAUGAGAUCGAUGAUGAAUCAGAUCUCUCUGAAGGUGAGGGUGUUGCUGAUGAUAUGCAAAAUGAGUUGGGGAAGGUGGGAACUGAUACUGAUGUUGGAGAGAAAAGAUCUCCAAAAGGUAAAGCUAUUUCAGCAUUGACUAAGGCUAUACUUGCUGCCCCCCUUUCAUCGGUCAGCAAGGCUUUGGAUAAAUGGGUUGAAGAAGGAAAUGAAGUGACCCAAACAGAAGUAUCAUUAACUAUGCUUCAUCUACGGAAGCGGCGCAUGUUCGUUAAGGCCUUGCAGUUGUCAGAAUGGUUGGAGUCGACAAAGCACAUUGAGUUUCAUGAGACUUAUUAUGCUUCUCGUGUGGACCUAAUUUCCAAAGUGCGUGGUAUCUUUAAGGCAGAGGAGUACAUUCAGAAGAUUCCUGAAUCUUGUAGAGGUGAAAUAGUCUAUCGUACCCUAUUGGCAAAUUGUGUCUCUGCCACCAAUGUGAGGAAAUCUGAGGAGGUCUUCAAUAAAAUGAAGAGUUUAUUCCCUGUGACGUGCUUUUCUUGCAACCAGUUGCUGCUUCUCUACAAGAGGACCGACAAGAAGAAAAUUGCUGAUGUUUUGUUGCUAAUGGAGAAAGAGAAUAUCAAGCCAUCCAUUUUUACUUACCAGAUUUUGAUUGAUGUUAAAGGGCAGUCUAACGACAUUGGUGGCAUGGAACAAAUUGUUGAGACAAUGAAGUCUGAAGGGGUCGAACCUAAUAUUCAAAUUCAGGCAAGCUUGGCUCGGCACUACACUGCUGCGGGGCUAAAAGAUAAAGCUGAGGCAAUUUUGAAAGAAAUGGAAGGAGACGAUAUAACAAAAAAUCGAUGGGUGUGUCGAGUGCUGCUUCCCAUAUAUGCUUCCCUCGGAAGGGAUGAUGAAGUUGAGAGAAUCUGGAAAGUAUGUGAAUCUAAUCCAUUCAUGGAAGAGUGCAUGGCUGCUAUUGGAGCUUGGGGCAAACUUAAGAGAAUUGAAGAAGCCGAGGCAGCUUUUGAUAAAAUGGUGAAAAAAGUGAAGAGGCCCUCCUCAAAGCAUUUUGCUCUUCUACUAAACGUAUAUGCAAAUCACAAAAUGUUAGCCAAAGGGAAGGAUCUCGUUAAGCGACUGGCAGAGAGUAGUAGCACUGUCGGGCCAUUGACUUGGGAUGCACUUGUGAAGCUUUACGUCGGGGCUGGGGAAGUGGAAAAAGCAGAUUCUAUACUCGACAAGGCUCUUAAACAAAAACGUGGGAAACCACUUUUUAAUUCCUAUUUUGUAAUCUUGGAUCAAUAUGCAAAGAGAGGGGAUAUACACAAUGCUGAGAAGAUAUUCCUUAGGAUGAGAGACGCAGGAUAUGUCUCACGGGUGCGGCCAUACCAAGCACUUCUCGCUGCCUACAUAAAUGCCAAAGCCCCAGCUUAUGGGUUCAGGGAGAGAAUGAAGGCAGACAGCGUCAUUCCAAAUAAAGCGAUGAAUGAUCUUUUGGAUCGAGCAGAUGCAUUUAGAAAGUCGGCAGUGGCUGAGUUGCUGGAAUAAAGGGAACUGAAUGGUUCUGGGGUCACUUGGAUCUGUGCUUGAGUGCAAUCUAAGGUAGCUAGGUAUGGUUACAAUUUAUCUAUGGUAUUAUUAUAUUGUUGCACUCCAAAAUCUUGCCUUUCUCUGGGAGGCUGUGUAUCGGACUAGUGCUAUUACUUUACACUGAAAAAAUGUCAUCCUUUUGUCCUUC